AUGCCGACCUUGCCAGAACUCUUCUGCUUCAUCCUGAUCCUCCGAAAGGUGGUCGAUCCUUGUUUCCCGCACCCGACAGUGCCGGGCGACUGCGAUUCCGGCGAGGCAUCUCUCCAACAGCAGCGGAGACUGGGUUUCCCGAUGCGAGGAACAGAAAACGUGCUGGCCAAGCCUCGUCAGCCAGACUUCUUUGCCCACGAUGCCCAGGCACCUAGUACUGAGGUCGGGCAGUGCUUUUUGGAUAAGCAUAGCUGCGUCAUUGGGGCGGGGGAAAUACUCGUCGAGCCAGGCAUUCACUCGAGCGCUGACCGUCUUUUCGUCGUCGUGUUUAUCGCAAUGGGUAAGCAGCACGAGUUUUCCUAA